AAAACCCAGGAACAACUGAUGACAACCAAAAUUGUGAAUAUUUUAGUAAGAAAAACAGGCACACGUACAAAUUAUUUUCGCUCAGCCAACGAAAUUGUUAGAUUCAAUUGUGUAUAUUUUUAUGGGAACAACUAGAAGCCAUUGCGAUGGAGACUUUGCCGGAUGAGUAUGUAGCCCAUCGGGAUCAGGAGCUGUUGGGGUGUAAAGUGGGCCGUUCCUCUCGCCGUCGGCAUGACCAUGAUGCCAUGGCCGCCGCCCAUGUGGUGGUGACCACCGCAGUGGUGAAACCAAAGCCAGCAAAGCCGGAGUCCAAAAAGCUGCGCAAGAAGCUAACCGAGUGCGAGCAGGAGAAGCAGUCAUUGGCCCAGACCAUUCAUGAGAAGAAUCAGGAGAUAUCCGAUCUGAAGAAAUCGGUUGAUUCGCUCAACGAGGUGCUCAACUCGGUGCCCAUUGAUGAGCUGCGCUGCAACUCCUCCAUUGCCGGCACCAAAAUCCUGGAACUGAGCAAGAAGAACCGCCAGAUGCGUUCCGAAUUGGAGCAGGCGAAGAGCCGGCUGUGUAAAAAGGAUGCUCAGAUCGAGAAGCUGGAGAAGGAGCUGCGUGCCCACGAGGAGAAGCUGCAGCAUAAUCAGGAUCUCCUAAAGAAGGGCUGCUCCCCCGAUGAGCUACAGGCCAAGAUCAACAGUAUGCAGCAGAAGCUCUUCGAAACGCGAAACAGGAACACCGAGCUACAAAGCCAACUGAAACUGGCCCAAAAGUGCCUGCAGCACGAGAUCGGUGAGAGCUGCAACAUCAACAUCCUGGCCAACAAUCUUAAUCAGGCCAAUUGGCGUGGUCGUGCCCAGCAGAUCAUCGCGCUCAACCAGAAAGUGCAGGAGCUCAAGGCUCGCUUGGAUUUUUACGAGGACCGAGCCGUAGAUCGCGCCGAAUAUGCCCCAGUGCCGUUGGGUUCGGACCUGGAGUUGGUAACCGGCAGAUCACAUCAUGCCAGCUCUGAGAGAUUAGGUGGAGGCGAUGGCGGCGGAGCCACAACGGCUAGCUUCGAUCGCUUCACACCGGGAGUGCGUAAAAGUGAGAUUCUUCAUCGAGCCAAGGUGGAAGCCCUGGAGAAGGAGAUUCUUAGCCUGCAAAACCAAUUGGAAGAUCAGCGCAACAAGACACUCGCCCUAAAGGUGAGGAACAAGAAUCUCAACGAGGAGAUGAACAAGUACAAGAUUCGAUACAAUGAGCUGGAGGAGCAGACCGAUUUCAAUGGCACCAAUAUCAAUACCAUGAAUGACAAACUGAACCGGCAGAGGGUUCAGUACGAGAGCCGUUUGGACGACAUGCGGGGCGAACUGGUCCGGGUGACCGAGGAGCGAGAUCUUUCGCGCCGGCAAAUGGAGGAGCUGAGCGGUAUGCAUCUGGAGCUGCAGACGGUGGUCAAGCAGAAGGAUGUGGCCAUGGCCAGUCUGCAGGAUAUGAUCAAGAAGCUGGAAAUGGACCUGCGCGCCCUCUCCGGUGGAUUUCUCUUCUCCUGCCGCGAGUUUCGAAAGGAGGAGUUUGUGGGCAUUUUGGAUGCUCUCGAGGUGGAGAAGAAUCAGCUUAUGUUGCUCACCAAAACUCUGGGGGAUCGUCUGGAGACGGAGAGAUCCAAGAACGAGGCAGCUCAGGAGCAGAUCGGCAAGUUAAAGGCCCGCAUCAGCCGACUGGAAGUCAAGAUCAGGGAUCUGGAGAAGGAACUCGAUGUGCAGUCCGACAAGAAGAAACGCACCCAGCGAAUGGCCGACUACGCCAGUUCGCUGAGUCGCACUUCUCUUAACGGAUCGAUUGGUUCCUUCUGCUUCGAAAAUCAGUCCCAGUACCAGUCCACCACUACUCUGAAUUCGGCAGGACAGCCGGAGCCCAGAAUGGAGGAUCUAAAGAAUAGCCUUGAACUGGCUAAGGAGAAGAUCACGAUGCUGACAGAGAAGCUGGAGUACAUCACCGAGGAGAAGAACGCAGAUGCCAAGUUUUUCGAGGACACCAUCAACAGUACGAAGACUAUUAUCCUUGAAACUGUACUUGGAGCCCGCGAAAAAGGAUCGAGCGAUCGUAGCAAAAAUGCAGAUAAAACCACGAGCGAGAUUUCCAUUCAAUAAUGAAGAC